AUGGAAAAAGAUGCUUAUGGAAUGACCCCACUAUUAGCAGCAGCUGUUACAGGCAACACAAAAAUUGUAGAAUAUCUCACAAUUCACCCAGAAUGCUCAAGGGAAGUCAGGGUUGAAGCCUUAGAACUUUUAGGAUCUACAUAUGUUGACAAAAAAAGGGACUUACUAGGUGCUGCCAAAUUCUGGAAAAUAGCAAUCACAGAAAGAUAUAGGAACAACGUGCUAGAUGUUUUGCACAAACCUAAGCCACCUAACCCACUUGUGCCUGCAUACAACAACACAACAGAAGUUGAAUCUUUAGAUGAUUUAGAAAAUAUCCUUUUAGAUCCUGAUGAAAUGAGAAUGCAGUCACUUUUGAUUAGGGAACGUAUUUUGGGUCCUACUCAUCCUGACACAUCUUAUUACAUUCGAUACAGAGGAGCUGUUUACGCUGAUUCCGGUGAUUUUAUCUGGUGCAUAUCUCUUUGGAGAUAUGCACUGGAAAUGCAACAGAAACAUUUAGAACCCCUUAGCCCACUCACUCAAAGUAGUUUUUUAUCUUUCGCAGAAUUAUUUUCGUUCAUGACCACGGACACAUCAACAGACAAACUUAUAAAAAUAAAGAAUCCACUCGCUAUUCUGGAUGAUUUGUUGUUUGUUUUUAAUUGCUGUAUUAAUGAAAUUGAAAAAGGUAUGAAACAGUUAAAUGUAUCAGAAAGUGUGCACAAAAUGGAACGAGACACCACAAGUUUCAACAGGUACUUGAUUAUCAUCCUUCAUCUCAUGUCACUAACAUGCAGAAAGUUUUCAUCAAUUAAAGAUCAAGAGCGGUGGUUUAGCUUUUUGAAAUCUGUCUACCGGUUGGUGAGGAUGAAAUGUAGAAAUGAACAAAACCACACACUGUUACAUCUGGCAUGCAGUAAGGAAACAUCUGUCAUCGGUCGAUUCCCUGUUUGCAAUUUUCCUGAUUUGUGUGUUGUUAAAGUUUUGUUGGAAGUGGGAGCCAGCUGCUCUGACAGAGACAAGUUUGGAAACACAGCACUACACUUGGCUUCUUGCUCUGAUAGUCGGGAGGUUAUUGAGUUGCUUCUCAAAUCCGGGGCACAUAUCUGCACUACCAACUUUAGAUCACAAACAGCUUCGGAUAUGUUGAAAUCAUUGCACAUGCACAACAUUGUGCCACUGCUGAAACACACAACACUCCAGUGCUUAGCGUCCAAAGUCAUCAGAGAUCACAAAAUCAAGUACAAGGGUGAGGUUCCUGCAAAGCUUGAAAAUUUCGUUGAACUACAUUGA